AUGCAAUCGAUGUCGAUGGUACAUGAUAUGAUUCUGCUACAAGAAGAUGUAUUUAUGAUAACGCGAGAUAUUAUCGAUCGUUAUCAUGCUGAUAAUGUAUUUUAUUUGGAAUUUCGUGUAAAGCCAUGUUUAAGCAAAGAAUUAUCACCGGAGACAUUUUUGAGGAAAAUGAUCCAAGCUAUUACACUUGCAAAAGCAACAUAUCGAAAUAUGGUUAUUAAAAUAUUAGUAAUUGCGGAGUUGGACAAUUCAAUUGAAAGGGUUAAAGAAACUAUUGAACUGGUUAUGGUACUUGGUAAGAAAUUCAUCAAAUCCUUUCUUUUUUUUUAA